GACACAUUUUAUUGGAUGUCAUCAUCUGGACCUCGUAAGAGUUUGGCGUCGAGGCCGCAGCGUGACAGGUCAUGUGACAUCCCAACCGCCAGAAUCUCAUUAGACCCUCCCCCCAAUAGGAAAUAACAGGCACACAGACCCGCAGAGGGCAGCGACACUGGACCGGCGAAGAGGGCGUCACCGCCAGUCCUUAUGUGGGAGGAACAUACGGUAAUGCCCAACGAAUCUAAGGCGGGGGGGAGAGACGGAUCGCAAAAAUGUGAUUUCCCUUUCAUCCGUCACAGCAAAAAUAAUCAAAACGAAGAAACGUGCAACGAGGGCGGAGCGCAGCAGACGACGCGACACGGCGGCAGAGAUGGGCGCAGCUGGCCACACCCCACGGCGGCAGAGAUGGGCGCAGCUGGCCACACCCCACGGCGGCAGAGAUGGGCGCAGCUGGCCACACCCCACGGCGGCAGAGAUGGGCGCAGCUGGCCACACCCCACGGCGGCAGAGAUGGGCGCAGCUGGCCACACCCCACGGCGGCAGAGAUGGGCGCAGCUGGCCUCACCCCACGGCGGCAGAGAUGAGCGCAGCUGGCCUCACCCCAUGGCGGCAGAGAUGGGCGCAGCUGGCCUCACCCCAUGGCGGCAGAGAUGGGCGCAGCUGGCCACACCCCACGGCGGCAGAGAUGGGCGCAGCUGGCCUCACCCCAUGGCGGCAGAGAUGGGCGCAGCUGGCCACACCCCACGGCGGCAGAGAUGGGCGCAGCUGGCCUCACCCCACGGCGGCAGAGAUGGGCGCAGCUGGCCUCACCCCACGGCGGCAGAGAUGGGCGCAGCUGGCCUCACCCCAUGGCGGCAGAGAUGGGCGCAGCUGGCCACACCCCACGGCGGCAGAGAUGGGCGCAGCUGGCCUCACCCCAUGGCGGCAGAGAUGGGCGCAGCUGGCCACACCCCACGGCGGCAGAGAUGGGCGCAGCUGGCCUCACCCCAUGGCGGCAGAGACGCGCGCAGCUGCAGGAGACGUUGGACAGGGACACGUCUUGCCGCACUCCGUUCUUCCCUCCAUUUGGCAACAGAAAGUAUAAAAUCUAUAAUAAACAAGAUGUGCAAAAUGGCGAGAUCGUCCGAGUGACGGGGGGGCGGGGUCAACUCUGCGCCAAAAGAUCAGGUACGUGAUUCAGA